AUGGGCAACGCCCUAGCCCUGUGCUGGGGCGUCGUGCGCAUUGCUUGUUAUCAGGUAUGCAAGAUCUGCCUGCCGGCUGAGCCGCCACCUCGCCCCAUCUACGAUGUUCUGUGCUUGGGCAUGGCUGGCACUGGCAAGUCAGCCCUUCUCGCGGCCCUCAAUCAUGAGCCGUACACCGACCUGGAACCGACCAAGGGCUUUGCCAUCAAGCCCGUGCUCACCUCCAAGGUGCAAUUCAACGUGAAAGAGAUUGGUGGUGCCGACAAGAUGCGAGCCUAUUGGGCACGAUUUUAUGCGGACAUGCAAGGCUUGGUCGGUCUCAGCUCCCGGGUGUGCUCUUUACGAAGCUGCACCCGCUCAUCUUUCUCUGCCCCCGCUCGGCUGUCACAGAUUUUUCUCUGGGACGACCAACAUCAGCCCGAUGAAGCUUUGACCGAAUUUGCCCGCGCCGCGGAAGCCUUACAACGACCGCAACUAUUGUUAAUUGCUCGCUCCGGUCCAGAGUGGACCCCUGACGCUGUGCGCGCCAAGCUCCCGCCGCCUCGUCGCGACGACCCGCGCCUGGUGGUAUGUCGAGUUGACUGCGCCGACUUGGAGAGCCUCCAAGCUGCCUUUGAAAGAUUUGCCGCCUUUUAUGCCUAA